CUUGGCUCGGCUCGUUGACCCAGCAGCAGGGGAAACCCACCGCUCAGUGCUGGCUGAAACUGCCGGGAUAGCAGUGACAACUGAAUCUAAUCUAAACUCAGCAAAAAAAAUAGGAACUGUACUGUAACAGUGAGAGAGCAGCGUUUAUGAUGGCCACCAAACUGGUGAAGGUGUUAGAAGUUGAAUAUCAGGACCCAGGAGAGUCGAAACCUGCUAGAACAUCAUGAACCUUUCUGGAGAUAAAAGGACAGAAAUAGAGCCGUUUAGAAGAGGAGCUUCAUCUCAUAUCACUGCUAUCAUAACUGACCCCUUCCUCUCUGAAGUGGCGGCGUUCUGGACUUUAAUGUAUGGCAGUGGGUUCUGAUGUGACGUGAUGAGAUGAUCCUCACAGAGAAUCACAGAAAUAAAAUGAUCUCACUCAGACGUCUUUCUGAGGGAGUCGAGUGGAAGAGGAAGCGACUCUGAGCUGAAAGGGGAGGAGCGACGACAGACCACACAGUGCAGAUCACGUCUUCAGUGUCUCUGCUGACUUUCUCUCUGCUGAGAUCAGAGCAGUUCAUAAGUGUAGGAGAGUCAGAGUGAGGAGCUUCUGGACCUUCUGGACCUUCAGGUAUCCGCUGGGUCUGAAGAGCGAUGCUGCCAUGUUUUCCCAGAGCUCAGUAAAUAUUCCAGCAGCGCUGAUCCUCAUUUUACUGGCAGUUCUGCAGGUGAAGGUGGAUUGUAAACCUGCAGGACAGACAGUGGUGAAACAGACCUGUAGCUCCACCUGCUGGCCUGAAGGGAACUGUUACUACAGCUGGUACAGAUACAGAUAUCCAGGAUCCUGGAAUAGAGAAAUAAUAGGAUGUUCAUAUGAAGCCACAGUUUGGUUCAUCUCCACCAGCUCACCUGUUCAGGACAGAUACUGUGAGGUCCAGAACCGCGCCGCCCCUCAGCAGAAGUGUAAACUGGACUGGGCUGUGAUCUACACUCCUGGACGUGUCUGUGCUCUGAAAGGAUCAUCAGUUAAUCUGUCCUGCACUUAUAAACACCCUGAAGGACUCACAGUGACUAAAUCACUCUGGUUCAUUGAAAGUCAGUGGAAGUCUGGUGUUGAGCCUGAGGAUGUACGACGGUCUGAUCAGUAUGAGGGGAGAGUGCAGUACAGCCUGACCCUGAACUCCUGUAGAAUGACCAUCACUGACCUGAGAGAGAGCGACGCUCACACAUACAGCUUCAGAUUCUACACUGAUCAUCCUGACGGCAGAUACUCUGGCAGACCUGGAGUCACUCUGUCCGUCACAGAUCUGAAGGUUACAGUGUCAGAUACAGAUGGAGGAGUAAAGAAGCUGAACUGCAGCUCCACCUGCACUCUGCCCAACAACCCCACCUACAUCUGGUACAGGAACGGACAGCCUGUAUCUGACCAGAACAGAAAUGAACUGGAGCUGAGAGACAGAACUGUGGAUGCUGGCAGCUACUCCUGCGCUGUGAAAGGAUACGAGGAGCUCGGCUCUCCUGCCGUCUACUCUCCCAGACCUCCAUCUGUAUCUGAGACUGAGGUUAACGGCUCCGUCACGCUGGUCUGUGUCAGCGACUCCAACCCUGCCAGCUCUUACACCUGGUUCAGGAAGACAGGAGGGAACAUCACACAGUUUGGAGAAGGAGCCAGUUUAACUUUAGCUGCAGGAGCAGAUGGAGUUUUCUACUGUAUGGCAGAGAAUCCAUACGGAUCAUCCACCUCAUCAGAAUGGACACUUACAUCAGAUAACAGGACUUCAGUAUAUGCAGCUUCUGGAGGCGCCGUGGUUUUGCUUCUGAUAUUCACUGCAGUCUUUUUGUGGAUGAGGAGACGAGCAGCAGUGACCAGCAGCAAGAAAGAGGAGAACAGAGAGGGAGCUUCUGCUCCUGUGUACGAUGAGGUCUCCACCCUGGCUGUGACCUCCGACACCUCAAGAGCUGCACCCUUAGAUGAUCAGGAUGAUGUUCAGUACGCCACCGUUCAUUUCUCACGCUCUCAGAUGAAGGACGUUCCUCUCAACUCCACCGUCCACCCGUCAAACGCUCUGCCUGAAGAAGAGGAAGUGCAGUACGCCGCAGUGAACACUGCUAAACCAAGAACUGCUCGGAAUGAUGAAAUUCUGAUCUACAGCACAGUCCAGAAGAAGAUCUACUGUCCACAGCGGUGCAGUUCCUCACCUCAUUUACCUCCACCUAAAACAUUUAAAGUCCACAUUUUAAAUGAUGGUCACUGUGAUCGGCACAGAUCUGCAAGGUUUUUAUGAGGCCAUAAUUAUUAUAGGUUUUUACUACUUACUUGA